GCGUAGCAUUUUGGUAAAUUUGUAUGUUGCGUGUGUUUUUUUAAGCUAAAGUUGUAUUAAUUUUAACUAUUUAGUGGUUGGCAUUGUUGCAAUGCUGUGCAUAUUGUAGUGUUCAUUAGUUUUAAGUUUAAAAUGAACAACUACUUGAGAUUGGUAUGCCUUUUAGGCGUCUUAAGCAGAGCGCUGUCGCAAUUUAAUCAGAUUGAGCAGUAUAAUUGCAUUAUACCCAAGAUACUGCAGGGAUCAUGGUUCUCCUGGGAGGUGGGUCUGCCCACCCAAACGAUUAUCGAUGCCACUCAUAUGUCCACCCGGGGAUAUUGCAUCCAUUACCAGCGACACAAGGGCGAUGAAUACUCGUUUGUUUUUAAGGAGCGCGCUGCCAAUUGUUACCACUGUGUGCGUACCGUUAUACGCACUCUAAACAUCUUUGAGAAAUUCGAAGGUCCUUGCGUGGGUCUGGCACCUGGCCAGGAGCCCACUGUGGAGAAUGUUUGCAGGGGAAUCAAGGACGAUCAGCAGCUGAUCACAUUGUUCAACGAGAACUAUGUGCCCAUCAAUUGUCGCUCGUCUCUCGAGGGAGUUUGGCAUUUUACAUAUCAGAAUCGUUUCCGCUUUACGGGUGUGUGCAAUAAACCAGAUGCUCGCAUCCAAUCCUGUCAAACCGCCGGAACUCAGUUUCUGAUCCAGAAUCAGAAGUUCAACAUUACGUAUCAAAAGUGCGAGGGAAUGGAGGGAACCUUUACCGGAAACGUGGAGUUCAGUUGUUUGGGGGACUGGUUUGUGGGCAAGAAUCAUUAUUUCGCUGUGGCCAACACGAAGGAGUCGCGUAAGGAUGAAAAGUAUCGUUGCUUCCUCAAAAAUCGUGAUGAUGAUCUCUAUGUGGGCGUUUCCAUCACUGCCGAGUGUAAUACACUUAAAACCCCCGAAAAUUCACCCGAACGUCUGAAGCUAACACCGGUGAAGGCGGAAUUUGUGGAACCGGGCUGUACGUUACCACAGAAUUUCUCCGGUGAAUGGGUGAACACGGCAAACAUUGAUGCCGAUGUGUCCAUCAGUGAGACGCACAUCAAUGAGACCUACUAUCCGGAUAGGGCUCGUUACCGUAAGACCAUCUACGUCUGCCGUGAACGACGGGGCAAUCGGGUGAUGAUGGCACGUCUUACGGUCGAUGGUUGCCAGAAAGAUUACGUGUGCUUUGACUUUAUGCCCCGGCAUCACAAUAUCAUACGCUAUCGCAAGGGAUUGGCUGUCAUCAAGGAUGAUUUCAGCACUGUUUGCUCUUGGGUGCAAUUUCCCAAUAAGGAGGCAUGGAAGUACGAUCUAUUCUUGGCCAGAAAUCCGGUUCCUGUACGUUGUCCAGUCGCUGGAAAAUUCAAUUUCACGCAGAGAGGCGAGCAUCCGUUUAAAACAAGAAUCCUUGGAGGUGUUACACUGAGUCCACGUCCGGAUAUUCACUGCAAGCAGAAUAUAUCGGAUAUUUCGGUAUGCGAUACGGAUCAAAAGGAAUUGGCGGUCGAUGAAAACUAUUGCCUGUCUGUGGAUCAUUUGGGUCGACCUGUGGACAUCUACAGUGAUCCGGAUUAUCGCAUGAAGUGCAUUGGCUUUUGGAAGGAGAAUCUGAAAUCCUAUUUAAUUACCUACGACGAUUUGGAUCCAUUAUCCAAAUACCGUUGUUGGGUGUAUCAACGUGCCGACCUGAAUCGCGUCCUUAUGUCCCAGGCAGUGGGUGCAUUCUGUAAGCUUAACCAGGACGUGACUUCCUGGAAUCAUUCCGAGGGAGCUGCUGUUGCCAUCGAUGCCGUUGAGUAUGAACGUGAACGCGACGAUUGUCCAAUGUAUUUCGAUGACGGCUUGAAUCCAUGGAAACCAUCAGAUGCCUCAAACAUUGUCUUUGACUGGGACUUCUAUAAAGCGGGAGCAGAUCGUCUGGAUUCUUCUUUCCGUACACAAGCAGUUUUUGUCAUUGGUGUUGUAUUUAUGCUCGUUCUGCGUAUAGUCGCCUAUUAAGUUUUAAAAUUAAGUUACACAGUCCCCUUCCGUGGCCACUUACUCGUAUAUUUUCUUAAAUACAAUGACGUGCCUUUAGAAUGCAAAAAGUAUAUAGUUUAUAAGAUAAAAGAGCUUUUACAACUCUACACAUUCCAUAUCAUCACUUUACAUUCCGUCCACAACGAAUCUCAAGUGUUUUGUACAAACGAUUUAUGCUGCUAAAUAAAUACAUUUUAAAAUACAUAAA